AUGUUUACCCUCACAGAAACCUCAACGGCUCUUAACACAAGCUAUCUUAGCCAUAAUAAAAAUACUGCUUCAAUUGACGAAUCAUAUUUAUCAACCAUGGCACAAAUCAACAAUUAUACUCUUCAAACGUCUACAUCUC